AUGGCCUCUCGUAGCGCGGGCACCCUACUGACCGAGUUCAAUGCCGUCUACGUGCCCCCCGGACUCAUGCCCGGGUACCGAGGCCAUGUACCCAGUGUGGCCUUCUCCUGCGGCUCCACCUACGGUACCACCACCCUCAAGUACUUCCAGGACCAUCGCAACGCAGCCAUGGAGAAGAGCCACACUCCCUUCAGCAAAGGCGGCCAUUUCCCGACCAUCUUCUCCCCAAACCCCAACCUCGUGCUGAGUAACCGCUCCCACACCUGGGACCGCUGGCUGAACACUCCCAGCUACACCCGCUACAACCUGGACAGUAGCCGCUCCAAGGACCUCACACACUUCUACCAGAUGGUGCAGCAGCAUCGGGAGCACUAUCGAGACAAGACAGGCAUGGUGGCCUGGGUCCCCUACUUUGUGCUGCCUCUGAAGGAGUGGGAGCGGUACCCCAUUCCCACCAACCUGCCUCCACUGAGCCCGAAGGACAAGUGGCACCUUUUAAGAGUGGCCCCUGAGAGCCUGAAGACCUACCAGACAUUCCCAUCGGGGAAGAGGGUCUCCCCACAAGAGCGACAAAAGAGAGACUGCUACUUUGAGUUCAGAGCAUGA